AUGGAGUCAGAAACACUCUAUAAUCAACCAGUUGUGAUUGAUAAUGGAUCGGGUAAUUUGAAAGCAGGAUUUGCAGGAGAAGAUAAACCAAAAGCAUAUGCAUCUGCUAUAAUAGGAAGGCCAAAGUAUCAAAAGAUCAUGGCUGGCUCGUUGAUAUCCAGUGGUGAUGAUAAAACUGGAGAAGAUACAUUUAUUGGGGACAUCGCACAACAGAAUAGAGGAUUACUUAGACUAUCAUACCCCAUUGAACAUGGCAUUGUCAAUAAUUGGGACGACAUGGAAAAAUUAUGGUAUCAUACUUACACACAAGACUUGAAAACAAAUGCUGAAGAGCAUCCUCUAUUGAUAACAGAAGCACCAUUGAACCCACGGAUAAAUAGAGAUAAAAUGUGUCAAAUUUUAUUCGAACUGUUCAAUGUCCCAUGCAUAUACGUUUCAAUUCAAGCAGUUUUAUCGUUGUAUGCUUCGGGACGUACUACGGGGGUUGUCAUUGAUAGUGGAGACGGUGUGAGCCAUAUUGUUCCCGUGUAUGAAGGGUUUGCGUUGCCCACGUCCAUUAAGAGAAUGGAUAUUGCAGGUAGAGAUAUCACCGAGAAUUUGUCUUUUAACUUGAGAAGAAUGACGGGUAUUUCAUUGCAGAGUAGCUCAGAAUUGGAGAUCGUACGAUUGAUCAAGGAGAAAUGUUGUUACAUCUCGAAAGAUCCAACGAAGGAUGAAACACUUUAUUCUUCAUCUGCCUACAAUCAUUACCUUAACACAAACUCCCAAAAUAUUAAGGAGUCUGAUUUAUUUGCAUCUUAUAAACUUCCUGAUGGUCAUACUAUUCAACUAGGUGCUGAAAGGUUUCGUUCUACUGAAAUCCUUUUCAAUCCUCAAUUGAUCGGUGACGAAUCGCCUGGAUUGCAUGAAUUGGCGUCGCUUGCUAUAGCCAAAACGGAUUUGGAUUUGAGACCCGUAUUGUACCAGAAUUUAGUAUUAUCAGGUGGAAAUACAUUAUUGAAAAAUUUUGGGGAUAGACUCUUAGUGGAAUUGAAAAAUCAGCAGUCACAACAAGCUGGUAGUUAUGGCAUUUGGAAUACCUCUUCAAAUACUAAUAACUACGACACUAAAAUGAAAAUAAAAAUACAUGCUCCCCCAGAAAGGAAGUAUUCCACAUGGAUAGGAGGUUCUAUUUUGGCUGGACUAUCAACGUUCAAAAAAAUGUGGGUUACUGCGCUGGAAUAUGCUGAAGAUCCAGAAAUAAUCCACAAGAAGUGUAUGUAG